AUGAAUGAUGAUGAUUUUGGUUUCAGUGGGAUUAUCAAAAUUGCAAACGUCAGCGAUUUUAUUGCUCCUUCACAGGCAUGCAUCUUACCACUUCAGUCGAAGGAAUCAGAUGUGGAAGUUCAAAUUCGAGUUAGAAGUCGAGCAAAGAAAGUUGAUGAUAGUGCAGUAAAGAAAGUAGAGGUUACAUUAAAAGAUUGUUUGGCAUGUAGUGGAUGUAUUACAAGUGCAGAAACGAUACUUAUUAAGGAACAAUCAAAACCAAAGUUUUUGGAGGGUUUGAAAAAGGCGCAGUUGAGCGUAAUGACCGUUUCGCCGCAGUCAAUAGCAUCCAUUGCGUAUAAACGUGGAUGUCAUCUGUCAGAAGCAGCGAGACUCAUUGCCAGAAUUUUCAUGAAUAUGGGGAUGAAAUAUGUCGUUGAUUCAAGCUUUGGGAGGCUGUUGACUUUAUCACUUUCUUAUGAUGAAUUUAAGGAGUCUCAGUUACAGCGACCAAUUUUUACGGGUGUUUGUCCAGGUUUUGUAUGUUAUGCUGAGAAAACUCAUGGAACAUUACUUAUCCCUCAUAUUAGCUGUGUGCGGUCACCACAAGCCAUGAUGGGCGCACUUGUGAAAGACUAUUUAGCAAGGAAGUUUAACGUGAGACCAGAAGAGAUAUUUCAUGCCUCUGUUAUGCCCUGUUUUGACAAGAAACUUGAGGCUGCACGCUCGCAUUCCGAGAAUCACUUUAACUGUCGUGAAGUUGACUGCGUUUUAAGUACAGGGGAAGUGGAUGCAAUUUUAGAUGAAUGUAGCUCAACAGAGAGUUUUCCUGUCGAUGGAAAAGUGGGUUGGCUAAAUGCGCUAGAGAAUGGGAAGAUAAUAAGUUCAGAGGGAGGUUCUUCGGGUGGGUACGCUGAAUACAUCGUGAAACGAUUUGUCGAAGAAUCAAAAACACCAUUGAAAUUAAAGAGAACCAUAAAGGACAAAAAUUGGGAAAUCAUAGAAGCAGUAGAUGGUGAAACAAUUGUGCUUUCCGUAGCAAAAUGCUAUGGAUUUCGUAACAUCCAAAACCAAGUACAGAAAUUGAAACGUUCUAAAUGUAAUUAUGAUUAUGUUGAAAUCAUGGCUUGUCCAUCAGGAUGUAUUAAUGGUGGUGGACAAAUUCGUAGUGCAUCAAUUGAAGAAAGAAAACAGCUCUUAGAUACAAUCGAAUUGCCAUGCUCAGAAGAUAAUUCAGAAAUGGAAGAGCAACUAGAACGUGUGAAAGAAGAAUGGUCAAUAUUGAAUCCAGAUUGGAUGAAUUUGCUUUAUACGAAGUACCAUGCAGUGGUGAAAAGUGAUGCUGACAGAAUAAGCACGAAUUGGUGA